AUGUCUACCCCAGCAGCGAAACGUCGUCGAAUUGAAGCUGCAAGUACUCUCCAAAAACCCUUUCGAUCACCUUUCAAGACCCCAUUUAAAUCACCUCUUAUUAAAGGCUCUCCAAGCACUCGAGCUUCCACUGCCGCCGCCGCAGCUUCCACUCCUUCACUUUCCAAGACUCCGACUUCUUACCCUGUCGUGAGCAUCCCAUCUCCAAAGAGUGUGAUUCGCACCAAGAAAUCCUUCACGUCGCCCAUUUCAGCAGCAGUUAUUAAUGCCGAUCCGGAUAUCGCGCCACUACUGAAGGAGCAGAGGGAAUUAGAGAAGCUAUUGAAGGAAGUGAAAGAGGAGCUGGACACGGCGGAACAGGCGAAGAAGAUUGAGAGGGAUAGUAAAGCUGAAAAUGAAAAUGGAAGUGGGGAGAUUGAUGGGGAGUUGGUAGAUCUAUGUGAGAAAUGGAGAAGCGCGAGUAGAUUGGCAGCAGAAGAGUUAUUUGGGAAAGUUAGAGAUAGGGUUAAUAGGAUGGGUGGACCAAGAGCUUGGAAGGAAAUGCAAAAGAGACAACAUGAGUACCAAAACAACUGGGAUCAAGAUGAAGCCAAUAACAACGAUAAUAACAACUCUGAGGGUGAGGACGAGGAGUGUAAGGACAAAGACAAACGAGACGUUUAUGCAGAAUAUAGCAUUGAUCCCGAAACGGAGAAUGAGAAGUCACAGAGAGCCCCAGGUCUAGGAGACACUGGAGAGAAUCCCGGAGAGGAAGAUGAAUUUACAAUGGCAAUGAUGCUUAGAACGUUAAACGUGGAUUUAGCUAUAAUUGGGUAUGAUAGAGAACAACAAAGGUGGAUCGAUUGA